AUGUCCGACUCGGAAAUAUUUCGUUACAUUGAGAAGUCAUCUGCUGUUCGCUCUGCCGAGAUUCUCGAGGCUGCCGCCAGGUUAUCGUUCUCGCGUAAAGAUUCUGGCGAAUCAGUCUACAGCACGACCAUUAUGCCCACAACAUUCUGGCAUCUGGACCUAAACUCAAACCGGUGGAAGCACUACGUGGAUGGGCAGCUGAACGAAACGAUUACCGGAUACUUUGAGGUCCAAUAUGCGUACCUGCUUAGGUGUUUUCAAGGACCUCAUUGCUUGCUUGAGCUUCGACUAAAGCUCACGCCCGGUGACAUACAACACUUUCAUUGCUUUGCGGAACUGGGGGCGGAUCCGUUGACCGUCGAAUUGGACGAACAGCAGGAGGGAUGA